GCUGCUUUGGGCCCAGUUUGAAACAAACUUUCGUGCGAGACAGACGUGAGGGUUGGCGCUGCGAGUUUUUCACCUGCAACUGCAACUGCAUCGGCAUCGGCAUCGGAAAGCAACUGUUAACUGCUUCUUUGGCGCGACUUUUUUGCAAAGUGAACGAGGCAAACGCAAAGCGAAAUUAGAUGUGAAACAAGUGAAAAGAAAUUGAAAGAGCCAGAUUGAGGAGUGUGUGUGUGCAGCAACAGUGGCAGCAGCGACAGCGGCAGCACUGUGUUAGCCAAGUGUAACGAUACCCAAUACCUGGGCUAAAACCCAAAACAAAAACAAAAACAAAUAAUACCGCCCAGUGGCCAGCAGCCAGCAGCCAGCCAUGUCUACGAAACUGGAGCAGCAGCACUCGAAGCCCAUACUGAGUCCAACUCGAUCCCUGGACGAAGGUUUCGAAAGUGAUCCGGAUCGGGUUUCCACCGAUUCGGAGCAUCAGACCAGUACCAGUGCUAAUACUACCAACAAUAAUAACACCACUAACAAUAAUAGCAACAACAACAAUGCCAGCAAGUUGGCACAGCUCAGUUCGGCGGCCACAGGGGGCGCCUCCAAAACUGUUUCAGCCGCUGCAGCAGCCUCCACUAAUGUCAGUUCUUUAUCGGCGAGUGGCAACGGACUUGCAGGUGGCAGGGGUGCCCUUUCCUUGGCUGCCCCACAAAUCCAGCGGAGGGAGUUCUUCAAGGAUCAGCCGAAGCUGCGCCACCAGGCUCCGGCUCCGCAGCAGCCGCGCCUCCAGUACCAAAAACAACGGCAGCCCCUGGUCCCCAGUGCAGCGGCCAGUGUGCACAAUCAUCGACUAACCGCAGGGAUCGUCGGUUCCGGAUCCGGAUCUGGAAACAGCCCCGGCAACACAGCCACCAACUAUCGACGAGGACGUCGCCUCCACAUAAACCCACAUCACCCAACUCGCAAUGGAUUGCGUUCCCACUCCGUGGAUGCCAUAUCCCGACACAAUCGCCACGGCUAUGAUCCCAGCAGCCUGAUCCUGAAGCACGAUGGCAAUGGUAAUAUUAGCAGCAGCAGUAGCGCAGCGGCCACCACCACCCGUAUGUUGAAUUAUAAGACUACGGCCCAAGGGAAUCCGGCUGGAACAGCAGCUGCCGGACCGGCUCUGCUCGUACAACCGAUAUCCAGCGCCACCUUGGCUCCGCUGGUGGCAGCCGGUGUGGUGGACGGUAUGGAAGGAGGCAGCUCAUCACCGGUGAUCGCCUCGGCCACCCACAGUCUGUACACCUUUUAUCCGGCGGAGGGCAAUCUGCAGGUGUGGCAGACGGACAACGGCGACCUCACCUACAAGUCAUCCAGGAAUAUGCAUCAACUCCACAAGGCGCCCGUGUGCUGGACUCAGUCCAUUCCCAGGCAGGCCAGAAGAUACAUAACUCCAGCAGCAGCGGCAACGGCAACAGGCACCUCGUCGAAUUCUGCAACUGGUGGCACCAGCCUAGCGGUCUAUCCCACUGCCACCGCCCAGGUUUACAGGUCCAACAACGGUCUGGAUGUCCUGGACUGCGCUGGACUGGAGCACCACAACACAGGCACCACCGCAUCCGGGCACUCUGGCAGUGGCUUCUCGCAACGGUUGAGGGAACUGGCCGCAUCCGCAGGACUGCUCUCCCUUAAGCCACGACAGCCCCUCAAGCCGGUGAUCAAGACGCGUGGUUCUCCAGGUCCGGAAUUCCCCAAGAAGGUCACCUUUAGCGCCUUUGCCACCGUGCAGGUCGUAUGAGACAAGGCCAGAGGGGGUCAUCGGUGGGUCUAGCAUCUGUGGCAUCUGUGCAGGCGCAGAGCAAGUUUCAUCUUGCAUCUUGUUAACCGUUGUUCGUUGUUAUUUAAUAUUUGUUGCUGUUGUUAAAUGUUUAGCCAAAACUAUGGGAACGGAUAAUUAUUCCUGAAAAUGAUGAAACAUAAAUGAAAAAAUGUUGUGCCAUGUCCGUGGCUUGAGAAUGAAAAUGACAACCAUAUAGAGAAAAUAAAACUCCCCAUAGCUGAAGAAAAUACCUCAAAUACCCGAAGCCUCUAUCGUCUCUACAUCUACAAAACUUUUGCUCCAUCUAAGUUACUUUCCUUUGGUAGACUGACUUUUCGAAAACUUUCCUAUAGUUCCUUCUAUUCAGCAUCCCCCCCUCUACUAAAACAGUAUUUUCCAUCUUUCCUCACUAUAUCUUCCUCACAUCCGAACAUCUAUGUAUAAUUUAAAGACUAUUAACGCAAAAAUUCUAAAUAUUUUCUACAAAAUUGUAAAUAUAUAUGAAUUUUUGUUUAAAAACAAAUUAAACGGCAAAUAUAGUCAUUAUGUAUUCAAAAUAAAUAUGUAUGUCUAAUAUGUAAGUCUGUUUUGUGUAUGUGUGUAUAUAUAUAAACCAAGAUUUUGCAUUGAUUAUGUAAUAAGUUGAAAGACAUAAUUCUCGAAUCAACACAUAUAUUAAGCGACACUGCUGUACAUUAUAUUUAAAAUAAAAUCAAAUAUAUUAUUUAAGUCUAAUCUAAUGCAUGAUAAAU